CAGCCACGCUCCUACGGUAGUAACACGGUUCGUGCUAUCAGACGCUCGUUGCCUUCAUGACCAGUGCCUUUUAACUCUUCCCAACAACACAACACGAUAGGACGCAACGCGCAACUCCGUUUCACAGUCAUCGAUCAAACGAUCAGCCAGAAUACCAGCACUCUGUACGAUCGCUGGACCAGCGAUAACACCGCAUCACUAUGUCGCGCGUUAUGCUGAAGGAGUCGCCGAACGCGGCCUUAGACAAGACCUUGCUAAAUAAGUAUCUCGACCUGCCUCAACCAGAGGAUAAAAUUCAAGCGAAAUACAUCUGGAUCGAUGGUACUGGUGAAGGUUUGCGAAGCAAGACCAGGACUGUAGAAUUUGUGCCGAAACAUCCGUCAGAACUACCAAUAUGGACGUACGACGGAAGUUCGACAUACCAAGCGGAUGGUGCCAACAGCGACAUUUAUCUUUGUCCGGUGGCGAUCUACAAUGAUCCGUUCCGUCGCGGAAAUAACAAGCUAGUACUUUGUGAUACCUACUACAGCGACAUGACCCCGACUAAAUCGAAUAAGCGUUUCAAAUGUAACGAGGCUAUGGAAGCUGUUAAGGAUCAAGAUCCAUGGUUCGGAAUCGAGCAAGAGUACACCUUCCUUGAUUUCGAUGGUAGACCACUUGGUUGGCCAAAAAAUGGUUUCCCUAGCCCUCAAGGACCUUAUUAUUGCGGUGUAGGUGCUGAUAAAGUAAUUGGCCGCGAAAUUGUUGAAGCUCAUUAUCGAGCUUGCCUUUACGCUGGCGUAAAGAUCGCCGGUACUAACGCAGAAGUUAUGCCCUCUCAAUGGGAGUUCCAAAUUGGACCAUGUAGCGGAAUAUCGGGUGGAGACGAUCUGUGGGUUACCAGGUUUAUUCUUCAUCGCGUAGCUGAGGAGUAUGGUGUGAUUGUCACCCUAGACCCGAAACCCAUGGAUGGUACGUGGAAUGGUGCCGGUGCGCACACGAACUUCUCGACAAAAGCCAUGCGUGCCGAGAAUGGUAUCGCCGAGAUCGAGAAGGCAAUCGACAAAUUGAGCAAACAACACCUCAGGCAUAUUCAAGCGUACGACCCACGCGGAGGGAAGGACAAUGAACGUCGUUUAACCGGAAAAUGCGAAACCAGCAGCAUACACGACUUCAGUGCUGGCGUGGCCAAUCGUAACGUUAGUAUUCGUAUUCCUCGAGGUGUUGCGGAGGAAAAGAAAGGUUACUUGGAAGAUAGGAGACCCAGCAGCAAUUGCGAUCCGUACUCAGUAUGCGAUGCUUUGGUGCGCACCUGCGUCCUAAACGAGUAAAAUACCCCAAGCUAUUUUCGAAUGGAUGCAUCCAUGGAAAGGAGAAAUUGGACGAAAUGUCUUGUAGUGCAAUAGUGAUUAUACUUUCGUCGAACAUAUUCUAUGGAAAUGUAUAAAAAGCCUGCUCGAUAAUUGUUGCUAGAAAUAUAGGUAUGAAAAGAAAGGGAAGAGAAUAAAUGCGAACAAGAUACUUGAUAAGAAUAAUUAUUAUAUUUUAUUUUACAUUCGAAUAAUAUAUUUUAUAAAAUUUUCGCAAAUCGAACGAUUUGUUAUUUGUAUUUGAUAUUUUUAAAGGGUAUAGGAGGAUCGUUAUAAUUAUGUAUCUAUAUAUAUAUAUGUCUGAAUACAUACGUAGAAAAUGUU